AAGCCACUACUCUGGAGAGAACCUAUGGACCUGCAUGGAUAGCAUAUGGGCAUUCAUUUGCAGUUGAGAGUGAGCAUGACCAAGCAAUGGCUGCAUACUUCACAGCUGCACAACUCAUGAAAGGGUGUCAUUUGCCGAUGCUCUAUAUUGGACUGGAAUAUGGUUUGACCAACAACUCAAAGUUAGCUGAAAGGUUUUUCAGCCAGGCUCUAAGCAUUGCACCUGAAGAUCCUUUUGUUAUGCAUGAAGUUGGAGUGGUUGCAUUUCAAAACGGAGACUGGAAAACUGCAGAAAAGUGGUUUCUUGAUGCACUGGAAAAGAUCAAAGCCAUUGGGAAUGAGGUAACAGUUGAUAAGUGGGAGCCUUUAUUGAACAACUUGGGACAUGUCUGCAGAAAACUCAAGAAGUACGAGGAGGCGCUGGAAUACCAUCGGCAGGCUCUGGUACUGAUCCCUCAGAACGCCUCCACGUACUCUGCCAUUGGCUACAUACACAGCCUCAUGGGCAACUUCGAGAGCGCCAUCGACUACUUCCACACGGCCCUUGGUCUUAGGAGGGAUGACACAUUUUCAGUCACGAUGCUUGGGCAUUGUAUAGAAAUGUAUAUUGGUGAUUCUGAAGCCUACAUUGGAACUGAGAUCAAAGACAAAUUAAGAUGUUAUGACUUCGAUGUACACACAAUGAAGACACUAAAGAACAUCAUUUCACCUCCCUGGGAUUUUAGAGAAUUCGACAUAGAAAGGCAAACUCUGGAUGAAAGUGGCAUAGUAACAUUGGAGGCAUCACACCAGAGGAAAAGUACAGACACCAGUCGGCCGCUGGAAGAAACCUUUGAGAUUGAAAUGAAUGAAAGUGAUAUGAUGCUAGAAACCUCAAUGUCAGACCACAGCACAUGACUAUAGAUGCUGGUAGAGAGCUUGUUUUGUCUAAGUGUAAUGUUUUGUUGUAGCGUUUUUGUUAUGGUGUUAUACUUUCAAGAAUUUGCUAUUUUUAUAUGAAUUCAAACUAAUUCUCUGUAUGUAACACCAGAGAAAUAAUGCUUGCCUUAAGGAUGACUUAAAAAGUAUACAUGAUGGACUGUUUCUACAAACUAAUCAAACAUGAUGAAGUAAACAAUAAAUUCACUUUUUUUUUUU